AUAAAGUAGAUUCAAUUAUUAAGAGACGCAGAGAAGAAAUUGAAAAUACACCAUUAGAUAAACCUUUACCGCAUGAUAUGUUGACCUCGGUGAUAACCGCGAAUACACCACGUGAUAUUAAUUAUACUAAAACUGUUGGUGGUGAAUCUAUGGAUAGACCUAUGACUGAUCUUGAAAUUCGUCAUAUCAUGUUCGACGCAUUUAUUGGUGGAACUGAUACGACCGCAAAUAUGAUUUCAUUCAUUGUCUAUUAUCUUGCACAUUAUCCGGAUGUAAAAAGAAAAGUGGUAGAGGAAAUUGAUAGAGUAUUCCAAGAUGAUAAAACUCGUCCAAUUACUGAAAAAGAUCUCCAUCAAUUCAAAUACAUUGACGCUGUUAUAAAAGAAGUUGAUCGCGUUUUUCCAGUUUCAAAUAUGUUGCAAAGAUAUGGUGCAGAACCCGAUGAAAUAGCAGGGUAUAAAUGGCCAAGGGGUACAAUGUUUCAAGUAAAUGCUGUUUCUAUUCAUAAAAAUAAAAAUUAUUGGGAAGAUCCUGAAACGUUUAAUCCUGAUAGAUGGAUGGUUGAAGGUUUUGAGCCAAAGAAAUAUUCUUUUAUCAUGUUUGGUGGAGGAUUAAGAGUCUGUCCAGGAAGAAAGCUAGCAAUGAUUGAAUUGGUUGCUUUAACGGCUUUAAUAUAUAGAAAAUAUGAUUUUGACCUUGUAGACAUGGAAGCUCCUUUACAAGUUAGAUCAGGCAUUAUAUCUGCUUGUACUCAGUUAUUAGUUAAAGUUAAAUCAAGAAAUUAAGAUUUCUUGAUAUGUUAUAUUAAUUCUUAUAUACAAACAUGAUUUAUUUAUUUUUUUUUUUAUGUAAUUUUCUUACUCGAAUUUAAUUAAAUAAAGUAUAUUUUCUUAUUGAAAAUUCAAAAAGCGUGUGUAAAUAAAAAUUAAAA